AUGACCGACAACCCUGCCCCGCCAAGCGACAAGCCCAAGGGCGACCAGCAAUACUUCCCGCCCCCUCCUCCUGGUCCUCCUCCGGCGCAAUCUCAAUACACUCACGAUGCAUCCUACAAUCCUCCAGCCGGCCCUCCUCCUGUACAGCAGCAACCUGCGUACGAGGCACACCAGACCGCGGACCUAGCCCAAGCCCAGUUCCCACCCCCGCCUCCCGGUCCUCCACCAGCUCAAUCACAAUACACCCACGAGGCAUCCUACAAUCCUCCACCUGGGCCCCCUCCACCGCAGCAGCAACCUUCGUACGGGACACCCCAAGCCGCGAGCCAAGCCCAGCCCCAGUUCCCUCCGCCACCGCAGCAACAUCCCGAUGAGGUGCCCCUCCCCGAUUACAACCCCGCCAACUACCCCGGCUCCCAUCCCGCCGGCGCCGCCUCCAACGCUCCGCCCACCGAGCCAGAGUUGACCAGCGACGAAAAGAGGCAUGCGAAGGCAAAGGCAUGGAGUGCCAAGAUGCACUCGCUCGGCGCGAAGGCAGCGGCACCGAUUAAUGCGUUUGCCAAUAAGAUGGGAUCGCAGGCUUUCUUGCCUAGUACUAUGGACAAGGAGUGCGAAAAGGCAGCAGCCAUUCUUACGAGUUUCUGCAAGGACGGAGCUCACGGCGAAGGCCAGCGCCCAGUAACGCCCAACGACGAAAGCAAGAAGGACAAGAAGAGAUCCCGAUCCCGCGACCGAGCCAUCCUUCGAAUCCCCAGCAAAGUCCUCCACAGCGCCGUCGGCCUCGCCAUCUUCACGACCGCCCGCAUUGGCUUCCAAUUCUCCGCCGCCACCGGCUCGGGCAUCCUCAUCGCGCGUCUCCCCGACGGCUCGUGGAGCCCGCCGUCGGCCAUACAGGUGCACACACUCGGAGCGGGGUUCAUGGCCGGCGUGGACAUUUACGAUUGCGUGUGCGUGAUUAAUAGUCGGGAGGCUCUUGAGGCGUUUAUGCAUACGCGGGUCAGUUUGGGUUCGUCGGUUGCGGUUACUGCUGGGCCGUUUGGGGCCGGUGGGAAGGCUGAUAUCGGCGCGGGGUCGGGUGGUCAUGAGGGUGGUGAUGGGCAUAGCGGUUAUGGAAAGGAGAAGCCUGCGGAGGCUGUGGCUGCUGAAGCUCAUCCCCCUACUGUCGUAGAGCCCGCGCAGCAGGGUCAACCUGCAGCGGGAGUCGCGCCCGGCGCGCCGACAGACCCGACCAAACUCACACCAGACGGUAAGGAGAGGCCAACUUCUUCUCACCGCCGAACGGCUAGCAGCUUCAAGUCUCUCGCCCCGGUCUUCACGUACAUCAAGUCACGCGGCCUCUGGGCGGGCAUCCAAGCCGAUGGCACCGUCAUUACCGAGCGCAAGGAGGCCAAUCAUGCUUUCUACGGUCAAAGGGUCACUGCGGAACAUAUCCUCCGCGCGGAGGGUCUCGUGCCGCAGGAGAGCCCGCAUCUUUGGCCCAAGGCCACCGCGGUGCUGUUAGAUGCGCUGAAGAAGGCGGAGGCCCGGAAGGAGGAGGGCGAGGAAGUCAUCGUACCUCCAGCUGUCGCUACCCCGGCGGUGGCUGCUCCCGCUAACCCGCCAGUUCAGGCUGGGUCGAGCACUGCAGUUGCGGGUGCUCCUCCUCCCGUGCAGCAUGAACAUGUUGGAUACUACAAGGCAGAUGAGGCGGGUCCUUCCGCUUCGGAGCCGGCUAGAGGCGAUGAGUUGCCGGCUUAUCAGGAGCCAGCGGUGCCAUAUCCGGGGACGGGGGAUCAGAAGGGUCCGACGUAUCACUAG